UUAAAGCUACGCCAGAGCUGAGCUGCCCACCAGACGGCCGGAGCCAAACGAACGCAGCGCGACGCAAAAGAAAAUAAAUUACACAAAAAUAACAAGAAAAAAUAAUAUAAUUAUAAGAAAAAAAAGUAAAGAGUAGCAGCUAAACAAGUUUCCACCCGUCGUCGCAAGUAAUUGGCAGCCAUGUCGUGCAAAUAUUCGUCAGCGAUGCUGCUUCUAAUGGGCAGCUGCCUCAGCCUCAGCCUGAGUCUGUGCCUGUUCAUCGGACCCGCCGCCUCCACCAGCAUCUAUGCGAGAGUUGUCCUCAACUCUUGGGUGCCCGAUGCCAUACAUAGUCGUUCCGGCGUGGGGCCACCUCAGCGUGAUCUGCAGCGUCCGCAGAUGGAAGCGAUAUCUUCUCAAGAAACCUGGAACGAUCAGCGCAUUGCCGCCGCAGCGCACAAGGCUCAGCAGACCUGGAACGUGCCCACUGCUCGACCACAGCAGCAGCAGCCGCAGCAGCAGCAGCAGCCGCAGCAGCAGCCGCAGCAGCAGCAGCAGCCGCAGCCGCAGCAGCAGCAGCAUCAGCCCUUACCCCCGUCCGCUCCAGCAGCAGCUGCAGCUGCAAGUCCCGAGGUGACAGUGCAUGGCUUUAAUCAAGCAGCCGGUCGUACGGGCAGCUCGGCGGGUCCCACGCGCCCGCCGGCUCAGUACAACUACCGGGAACGCUUCAGCUCAGUGUUCUUUCAGCCGAUCUCGCGCAGCAACGGUCAGCAGAAUGUGGUCUAUUCGCCGGCCACGAUGCACGCGAUGCUCGGCAUGCUCUACGGCGUCUCCAGCAACGAAACUGCCGACGAGCUGCAACGUGUGGGUCAGUUUGGUAGCGAUAAACUGGCCGUGGCCAGCGACUUUGAGCAGGUGCGGAGGAGGGAUAGUCAGUUGCCGAAUGCCCAGUUGAUUGUCGCCAAUAAGCUGUACUAUAAUCGCGAAAUCGACGAACUGAAUCCACAGUACCUGGACUUCGCCAGCCAAUAUUAUGGCUCGGAGACCGAAGCGGUCAACAUGCGCAAAUCGCGCGAUACGGCGGCCAAGAUAAAUGCCUGGGCCUCGGAUGCCACACGCAGCAUCAUACGCGAACUGGUCCAGCCCAGCGAUAUUGAUGAGCAGACGCAGGCGCUGCUGGUGACGGCCAUUUACUUCAAGGCACGCUGGGCCAACGAGUUCUCCGAGAUGGACACCACGGCGGAGAAGUUCCGCACGGGCAACAAUGCGGCCAUUACCGUGCCCAUGAUGUACAACGACGAUCUGUUCGACAUUGCCGAGCUGCCGGAGCUGGAUGCCACAGCGCUGGAGCUGCCCUAUGCCGGCACUCCGAUCUCCAUGCUGAUCAUAUUGCCCAACCAGGUGAACGGUCUGGCACAGCUGGAACGGCAGCUGGAGCGACAGGAUCUGAAUCAGAUUGCGGCACGACUGCGCCGCGACAUGGUCACCGUGCGGCUGCCCAAAUUCCGCAUAGAGUUCGAGCAGGACAUGACCGGUGCGCUGCAGCAGCUGGGCGUGCGUCGCAUGUUCACGCCCAAGUCCGAGGUGAAUGCGAUGCUGUUGCAGCCGGUGCGUGUGUCCAAGAUACUGCAAAAGGCCUUCAUCGACGUGAACGAGGCGGGCUCCGAGGCGGCAGCAGCUUCCUAUGCCAAAUUUGUGCCCUUGUCGCUGCCUGUCAAGUCGCGCGAAUUUGUUGCGGAUCAUCCAUUCGUAUUUGCCAUACGCACACCCGAUUCGGUGCUCUUUAUUGGACACGUAGUGGAGCCGCCCCAGGUGUCCGGGAGGCAGUGAAUCCCCAUUCCCAGCCAAUUCCCAUCUCCUCAUAAGCCCGUCCCUAGCUCUAAGUUAAGUGUACGCAUUUGCUACUUGUACAACAUACUCGUAAUUCUCACAUUUAAAAUAUACAAAGAUUUCCAACAUA